UUAAUUUCUGUAAUUAAGAUGUAAAUUCUAACAACCUCCAAUAAGAAAAUAAAUAAAUAAAUCCAGCUAAUAUCCCCAUUGCAUGCCAGCAUAAAACCUUGCUGCACUACUAUUUUGUAAUUCUAAAAAUAAAACUUUGUUUCUAUUGAUAAUUCGCCAAAUUGGCUAAGCUCAGCCUCAGAAAAUCAACAGAAAAAAACGGUUUGUUAUUAGAGCAAAAAACUGCAGGCAUCAAAUUACGCCCAUGCAAGCUAUGUCUCCAACAGAAACCAGAACAAGAUUUUUCUCAUUUCUAAGUCUCUCUCCAGAUUAAAAAGGGGGGCAGUGCGAUCCUCCUCUUUGCACUCAGAAUCUACAGAAAUGGGCUGUGGUGAAUCCAAACAUGUCGCAACAGGAAACACCAUCAGCCGCAAAAAUUCAGGAGCAGGAUCCAAGAGCGGCAAAACCUCAGAAACCAUUCAGGAAACAAGCAAACAUGAUAGCAAGACAAGCCUUAUAUUGGUGAAAGAGGAAGGCCAAAAUGUCAAUCAGGACUCUUAUGCAGACAAUUCCAGGGACGUGGCUGAUGUGAAGGGCAUGGCUGAAAACAAAGAAUUGAAGAAAGAAGGAAAUGUAGAGAAUGAUAAGGAGAAGAAAACUGGUGUUGUGAAAGAGAAUGAGGAACCUGUUGAGGGAAUUGCUUUUGAGAGGUUGUCCAUUGAGAAUGUGAAAGUGGCUGAUGCUUUGGAGGUUAAAAAGCUGUCUGAAGAGACAAAAGAAGAAACUCUGGAGGGAAAAGAAUUGGCUCAAGAGACAAAAAUAGAAACUAAACAAGAAACUGUGGUGGAUAAAAAUUUGGCUGAAGAGACAAAAGAAGAAACUGAUGAAGAUAUCACGGAGGAUAAGAAAUUGGCAAAGGUUGCAAAAGAAGAAACUCUGAAGGAUCAAAAACUGGCUGAAGAGAAAAAAGGAGAAACUGCAAAUGGAGAAGCUGAAACUGUGAAGAAAGAGAAGUUGGUGAAAGAAACAGAAGCAGCAGAAACUACUGAAGCUAAAGUUUCAACCCCAGGUGUGAAAGAGGAAGAAAAACCAGCAGUUUCACCAGCCGAUGAUUUGAAGACAGAGUGAAACUUUCUAAGCAGUUUUAUCUGUGUUUAUCAGACUGCUUUUACACUUCAGUUUCAUGUAUUAAGAUCAUAUUCCUGCUCAAAUCCCUCUUCAAAGAAACAUGCGUAAUGCUUUAAGCUAUGAAAAAUUAUAAUGAUAAUUGAUCUUCCAUGCUGAAUUUUCUUGGAAUGUGGACAUUGCUAGCUAUUACAUAAAUUUUAUCAACUUCCCAAUAGUACUAGGAAUGCUUUAGGCUAUGAAAAUUAUAAUGAUCUUGGAAUCAAAAAGUUAAAUUUUGGUCAUAUUGAGUAAGUUUAUUGCCAGAAAAUUUUAUUCAUUUUGAUGGGCCCCUUUUGGCUCAAAAGGAGAUAUAUCAUCCUUCAAUUUGUUUAUUGACACGAUAAAAAGCAUGAUAUUCAACCAUAUUUAUGAAUCUUCGACCCAAAAUUUAAAUUUAAUUGAUUCAUGCGAUUAUUUAGGAUUAUAUUUAUUAUAUUUAGGAG